AAAUGAGUAUUCAGAAAAUAAGAGUACGGAGUCACUGUGAGCUGAUAGUCGAAGCGUUUUCUCGGACAGAAGUAGAUGGCUAUUGCAACGUCGUCGUUUCACUGGUCGGCUCUGCUGCCCAGAAAGAGCUAUUCGGAACGGCAAAGCUCUCUCACCGGAAUCCAUGGACAGUCUAUUUCGUUUAAGCCGCACGCGCCGUCGCUCGUGUUGUCUCCCAAGACCUCGCCCGCGGUGGUGCUCGCUUCCACUACCGCCGGCGCUUUGGAAACUGAACCUCGAAUAAGCGCCGCUACUCCGUCAAAGUCGCUACCCUUCAGAGUGGGGCAUGGCUUCGAUCUCCACCGUUUGGAGCCGGGAUAUCCUCUUAUUGUUGGCGGAAUAACCAUUCCUCACGAUAGAGGCUGUGAAGCUCACUCCGACGGUGAUGUGCUGCUUCAUUGUAUUGUUGAUGCAAUUUUGGGUGCUUUGGGGCUUCCGGACAUCGGUCAGAUUUUUCCAGACAACGAUCCCAAAUGGAAAGGCGCCGCGUCGUCGGUUUUCAUCAAAGAAGCUGUACGGCUGAUGCACGAGGCUGGUUACGAACUUGGAAACUUAGAUGCAACUUUGAUCCUCCAAAAACCAAAGGUAAGCCCUCACAAGGAAGCAAUUAGAUCCAAUUUAUGUGAGCUGCUUGGUGCAGACCCCUCGGUCGUAAACCUGAAAGCAAAAACUCAUGAGAAAGUAGACAGCCUAGGGGAGAAUAGGAGCAUUGCAGCCCACACAGUUGUUCUUCUAAUGAGGAAGUAGCAGUUGUUCUUCUAUUGGUAUUCAGAACUUAAAGGAAACAUAUUGCUUCGACCUAUAUUUGGUAACCUAAUGGAUGCAUGUCUGGUUGUUGUACAAGUCCUAGGGUAUUGGUUCCGCCAACUUUGAUUAAAACUGAAUUAAUUAAUUGAAUCGAAAAAGUUCAGUUAAUUGGUUUGUUUCGAUUCGUACAUGUUUAAGAAUUGGUUAGUUUCGAUCCA